GGUAGAUAAUAUCAAACAAGAAGUGAUAAUAUACUUGCAGAAAUUAAAGGGUCAAAAUAUCCAGAUGAAAUUUUAUUAAUGGGUGGUCAUUGGGAUUCAUGGGAUGUUGGAUCAUAAACUGGAGCUAAUGAUGAUGGAGGUGGUGUUAUUGUAUGUUUGGAAGCUUUAAGAAUUUUAAAAUAAUUAGGAAUUAAACCUAAAAGAACUAUUAGAUUUAUUGCUUGGAGUGGAGAAGAAAUGGGAUAAAACAAUAAUGGAGCAUCUCAUUAUGCUAAACAUCAUGGUACAGAAAAUCAUAUCAUUGCAUUCGAAUCUGACAUUGGAUCCACUAAACCUUAUGGAUUUGGAAUUACCGCUGGAUAAUAAUUCACGUAAUUAUUAUUUCUAUUAUUUUAUUAGUUAAUUGGUCACCUAUUUAGCUUAAUAAUAUUUAACUGGCAUUGGAGCAGAACGUGUCUAUCCUAAUGAUGGUGAAUCUGUUGAUAGUGGAAUCUUAGCUGAAUAAACUGGAACUCCUAUGUUAAAUGUUAGAAUUGCUGAUAAUCAAAAUCAUGAUUUCUAUUUCACCUAUCAUCAUACUGCUGGAGAUUCUAUGUGGAUGAUGAAUCCUCAAGAUAUGGAUGAUAAUGUUGUUGCUAUUGCCAGUAUCAUGUAUUUGAUUGCUGAUAUUGAUGGACCUAUUCCAAAGGAUUGA